CAUUUGAAGAUCUCUUCACCUCUCUUUCUCUCUCCCUUUACUCUCUCUCUCUAUUUAUAUAUAUCUAUCUCUAUUUCCCCAUAUCCUUGGAGCAGGAAACGUCGUGCCGUUUUUAUUUGAAAAUCUAGAGGAAAGAGAUGGAGGUAAAGGUUAGACGAGAGGAGUUUGUGCCUUUUGUGGCAAUGGCGAUAAUGGAGGCAUGCACGAUUGCACUAACGAUAAUGGCGAAAACGGCUUUAACGGGAGGAAUGAGUCCUUUUGUGUUCGUUCUUUACACAAACGCUUUUGGAUCUGCUCUUCUUCUUCCUUUUUCUUUCUUCUUUCACAAGAAUGAGAGAACCGAAGAAUCAAUCUUCUCUUGGCCACUUCUUGUUCGAGUUUUCUUUCUAGGUUUCACCGGGAUAUUUCUUUUCCAAAACUUGGCAUUCGUGGGACUAAGCUUCAGCUCACCCAUAGUGGUAUGUGCAAUGGGAUUACUCAUGCCUUCAUUCUCCUUCUUGCUCUCUCUUAUUCUCGGAAGGAGCAAGGUGGAUUGGAGAAACACGAGCUCAAGGGCUAAAGUGAUGGGUACAAUAAUCUCAAUAAGCGGAGCUAUUGUUGAAGAAUUGUAUAAAGGUCCCUUCAUAAGACCAGCCUCGUCUUCUUCCCCAACUCGUUUUCUAAAUUCAAUCCCUAGACUCUUUGUCUACUACAACAUCCCUGACAAUUGGUUCCUCGGCUGUAUCUUUUUGGCCGCUGCUGUUUUUUCUGUCUCCCUCUUCAAUGUUGUUCAGACAGGGACAGUCAAAAACUAUCCACAUGUGAUGAAAGUGGCGUCGUUUUACAGCAUAGUCGGGACAAUUCAAUGUUUAAUGUUCUCUUUGUUUAUGGAGAGAGACUUAACUGCAUGGAAGAUCCAACCAAACUUCGAUCUUUUCCUCAUUAUCGCCACGGGAAUAUUUGGAAGUGUGAUACGAACAAGUGUACACGUAAAGUGCACCCAAAUGAAAGGACCGUAUUACGUGCCAUUAUUCAAACCCUUUGGUAUAUUUUGGGCAACACUCUUUGGCACCAGCUUCUUUGUCAACAGUCUUCACUACGGCAGUGUGUUAGGAGCAGCCAUAGGUGGGGUUGGAUAUUACACAGUGUCUUGGGGACAAUUGAAGGAAACCGAAGAAAAACAAAAUCCAAAGGAAGAAAGAAAACCCAUAAAAACUACUCAUCAUUACGAAGAAGAUGAAUACAAAGUUCCAUUGCUUAUUAAUCAGGAAGAAAGUCCUGUGUGAAUUUUGUAUUAUCUAUUUUUUUUAAGAAGGGCUUAAAUAAUUUUUUUGGCCCCUUUCUCUUUAUGGCGUAAGAAGAAAUGCGUGUGAGAGUGCGUUAAGUGGUCAGUGUCAAUGGGAGAUUGCUGAAGUAGGCUUUUUGGUCCGAAAAGCAAAACCCACCCAAUGUGUAUAUAUGUACAUGUCUUUGGAUAUCUAUAGAGCUCUCUAUCAUGUAAUGAAUAAUCUCCGAAUGGAUCGAUUAUUGCAUUCCCGCUGUAAAAUCUUAUGUACAUACAUUAUUGUUGAUGAAGUUGUUGG